AUGGAGCUCGACAAUUACAUCGACGAAUUGGCCGAACUUCUACUUAAGAACGACGACGACGCCGCAGCAGUCUGGCGACGGGUCACCGAGACCGCGGAAAAGGGAGGCACGCCGGGCCCAGGAGAACCCGCUGCGGAGAAGACCGAACGCCGCACCGAGGUUCCGAGAGGACCGCCGCCGACGCUCCAAGCACCCGAGGCAGCUCCGCCAGCGGUCAUACAAGUCUCUGCUACCGAACCGCCACCGCUGGCACCAUUAACACCGAAGGCCGGUCCUAGCCGCAGGGGCGAACCCGAGGAACCGACCGCCCGGAGAAAGGGGGACUGGCGGGUACUAACGCCGCCAAAACUAGGACGCCGAAUCGGCCGCCCGAGGAAAGGGCCCCAGAUUCGCCCUGCGCCACCCGUGCUCGUCAACGUGGCACAGAGGCACGAGAUCAGGGCCCAGAGCGGAACACCCACUCCCGUCGCCGCCUCCACCAGGGAGCCCACGGCCGUUGAUCGGACCAUCACGGUCAUCACACUCGAUGAGCAGGGAGAUGAUCCCCCGACGGCCCCAGCGCCACCACCUCGCAACAUGUCGCUGCUGACUAAGGACGACCCUGGGACUCCAAACAGCAUCCAGCCAGGGCCGGUAAUCCGGAGCAACGUGUCGUUCGGGGGCAACAUCCGACUCGUCCGAGACACCCCGCCACCGCAAGCUAGGGUACGACCCAUCAUCCAGCCGCCAUCCAGGGCCUCGCACUACCUCCGCCGAUGCCCAUUCUACUUCCAACCGGAGAAUAUGGUACGUGCCAUAUUUCUCCGUAAAAAUUUCACGGAAGUCUGCGGACACUAA